AUGUGUUGUCAGGAAUCUGGAUCGCCAAGGUGCGAAGACUCUGAAUCUAAGGUCAGCCAUAAACGGAACCUCAGCCAUGGAACAUCUGAGCUCUCGCCACCCAGACGAUCCAAACGACAGAAAUCCACUACCAAUUUGAAAGAACUUUCUUCUCCAGAAGCCUCGGAGUCAGAGGCCGAAGAAUUUACUCCUACAGUUAAAAACGAGGUUGACAACAAACCUCUGGUUGAUACUGCCAAGGAGAAGAAAAAGAAGGCUCCAGUUAAGAAGUCCAACGAAGACGCCAAACCCAAAAAGGCGAGAAAGUCUAAGAAAGACCAAGAACUUGAGAAUAUGCCUCUGGCACCGCGGACUAAGGGUCUGCGUAUGUUCGUCGGCGCUCAUGUCAGUGCUGCAAAAGGUGUCUUUAAUUCGAUAUAUAAUACCGAAAAUAUCGGAGGAAAUGCAUUUGCCUUGUUCUUGAAGUCACAGCGCAAAUGGGACAAUCCAGCUCUCCCGGACGACCAGCGCGAUCAAUUCCGUAAACUUUGCGCAGAAAAGGGAUAUGAUGCAACCAAACACGUUCUGCCUCAUGGUUCAUACCUUGUCAAUCUAGCCCAAAGCGAUAAAGUAAAAUCCAAGCAAGCAUACACUUCCUUCCUGGAUGAUCUGCGCCGGUGCGAGGCACUUGGAAUUACACUUUACAACUUCCACCCCGGAAGUACCAAUCAGACACCUCUACCCGAAGCACUUUCCCGGUUGGCAGAGAUGUUAGUCCAAGCUAUCACCGAAACGACAACCGUAGUUCCCGUCCUGGAAACAAUGUGCGGUCACGGUAACACAAUUGGCGGUGCACUGUCUGAAUUCCGCGACUUGCUAGCUCUGAUCCCGAAAGAGCACCAUUCCCGCAUCGGCAUCUGUGUCGACACCUGCCACAGCUUUGCAGCCGGCUACGAUUUGACAUCCCCAGCCGGGUUCAAAUCCUUCCUCGCCGAAUUCGACGAGCUGAUCGGAAUCAAGUUCCUCCGAGCUCUGCAUCUCAAUGACUCAAAGGCACCGCGCGGAAGCAAGCGCGAUCUGCAUGCUAAUAUCGGCACGGGUUUCCUCGGUCUGCGCGCAUUUCACAAUGUCAUGAACGAGCCGCGGUUUGAAGGGCUACCUAUGGUCCUUGAGACGCCUAUUGACCGUGUCCCGGGACAGAAUGUAGCUACUGGAGACGAUGCGGCUGAUGGGAGUGAGAGUGAGUCUGGGAAAAAGAAACUCCCAAAGAAGGGUCCUAGGGGACCUGCUGGUGCAGGCGGAGCUGCUGUUCCUGAUCAGGGUGUGUGGGCGGGUGAGAUCAAACUACUUGAGUCGCUGAUUGGUAUGGACCCGGAGGGCGAAGAGUUCCGGGCUCUUGAGGCCCGGCUUUCGGAGGAGGGUCGUGCAGAGCGCGAGAAACAUCAGGAGCAAUAUGAGCGUAAGCUCGAAGCGGACGAGAAAAAGAAGGCGAAGGGACCAGGAAAGGCCAAGGGACAGAAGAGUCUUAUGGACAUGAUGAAGAGUGGCGCUGCGAAGGAGUAG